GCAGCCUUCCCGAGCGGGGACAACUCUGAUCACCACACAGAUUAAGCUGAGCACAGGUCACCUCCACCCGGUGGCUUCCCCAGGAAAAGGAGAAAAGCCUCCCGCAGAACAAGGUCUCCGAUGUACAGCGAUGGGAGAAUGGACCAUCCUAGAAAGACUUCUGGAGGCAGCUGUGCAACAGCACAGUACUAUGAUAGGAAGGAUUCUGCUGACUGUGGUGGUCAUCUUCAGAAUCCUCAUUGUCGCUAUUGUAGGGGAGACUGUUUAUGAUGAUGAACAGACCAUGUUUGUUUGCAACACUCUACAACCCGGAUGCAACCAAGCAUGCUAUGACAGAGCUUUCCCAAUUUCCCACAUAAGAUACUGGGUGUUUCAAAUCAUUUUGGUAUGCACACCGAGCCUCUGCUUCAUUACCUAUUCUGUCCACCAGUCUGCCAAGCAGAAAGAGAGGAGAUACUCCACAGUCUUUCUUACUCUGGACAGGGAACAGGACAACGUAAAACGAGAGGACAGCAAAAAGAUCAAGAACACCCUGGUUAAUGGUGUUCUGCAAAACACAGAGAACUCUACCAAAGAGGCAGAGCCUGACUGCUUGGAAAUUAAGGAAAUCCCAAAUCCUUCCAUUAGAACCACCAAAUCCAAAAUGAGGCGCCAAGAAGGCAUCUCAAGGUUCUACAUUAUCCAGGUAGUCUUCAGAAAUGCUCUGGAAAUUGGCUUUCUUGUGGGACAAUAUUUCUUGUACGGUUUUAAUGUCUCCUCCAUUUAUGAGUGUGACAGGUAUCCUUGCAUCAAAGAGGUGGAGUGCUAUGUUUCCAGGCCUACAGAGAAGACAGUGUUCCUGGUUUUUAUGUUCGCGGUCAGUGGCCUAUGCGUUGUGCUCAAUCUGGCCGAGUUGAACCAUUUGGGUUGGAGGAAAAUUAAAACAGCAGUCAGGGGCGUACAAGCCAAGAGGAAAUCCAUCUAUGAGAUCAGGAAUAAGGACUUACCCAGGAUGGGGGUACCAAAUUUUGGAAGGACUCAAUCCAGUGACUCAGCUUAUGUUUGAGGAACCUCUAAAUAAAGCAGCUGAGAACUGGUUCCUUGGAGCACGAGGAGAUGAAGGAUCUUAUCUAAUUAAUGGAAUGCCGUUGGACUUGAUUGCCAUUGCACUGCAGGAAUGUGCUGGCUGGUAACGUUAAUACCAAUCAGUAGCAGCUACCACUAAUUUAACUGGUGAAAAAAUAUCCGGCUCCAUAGCGAUAAUUCAUGUUUGUGAAUAUUACAUUUGAUACAAGAUCCUUUUGUACGGCAGAUUACUUUCUUACAGCGCCUUCUUCGGAGCUACCAAUGUUCAGGUUAGAUCACUACACACAGAUAUGCCAGCUCAAACAAAAUGGAACUAUCCAUUUUAACUUCAGGAUUAUGCCCAUUUUGGACAAAACGGGCUGAAUUGUGGAGAGGGAAUAGCAGCCCUCGCACAGAUUGCAAUGGAAAAUAAUGAGAUAAAAACAGCAAUAUAUUGGCCCAGAUCCAUUAACUGAAAUAAAUGCAUUGCU